CGGGCUGCCAUGGCUCAGUCUCCGGGGCCAGAGCCCCGGCUCCUACCUCUCCCCUCCUGGCCAGCCCCCGAUGCCUGCCAGACUUUUGCCUUUGCCGGGGCUCCGGCCUGACCUGCCUUUCCUCCCUGUGAAGUUGGGAUUUGAGGGCUAAACUGUCUGGGGUCUCGGGCCAAUGCAGUGCCGGCUCCUGCGGGGCUUGGCUGGAGCCUUGCUCACCCUCCUGUGCAUGGGGCUUCUGUCCCUACGGUACCACACAAGCCUGUCUCCCCAGAGGGGGCAGGAGAGCCCCCAGUUGAGCCAGCCGAGCCCUGGACCCCAGGAGCUGCAGCUGCAUGAUGUCUUCAUUGCCGUCAAGACGACCCAGGCCUUCCACCAAGAACGCCUGGAGCUGCUGCUUGACACGUGGGUCUCCAGGAUCAGGGAACAGACAUUCAUCUUCACCGACAGCCCAGAUGAAGGCCUCCAGGAGAGACUGGGGUCUCACCUUGUGGUCACCAACUGCUCCGCAGAGCAUAGCCACCCAGCUCUGUCUUGCAAGAUGGCUGCGGAGUUCGAUGCCUUCUUGGCCAGUGGGCUUAGGUGGUUCUGCCAUGUGGAUGAUGACAACUAUGUGAACCCAAGGGUACUGCUGCAGCUGCUUAGAGCCUUCCCGGUGGCCCAAGAUGUCUACAUAGGCCGGCCCAGCCUGAACCGGCCCAUCCAUGCAGCUGAGCCGCAGCCCCAUAACCGCACGAGGAGGGUACAGUUCUGGUUCGCCACAGGCGGUGCUGGCUUCUGCAUCAACCGCAAACUGGCUUUGAAGAUGGCCCCAUGGGCCAGUGGCUCCCAUUUUGUGGACACAUCUGCUCUCAUCCGGCUACCCGAUGACUGCACUGUGGGCUACAUCAUCGAGUGCAAACUGGGCGGCCAUCUGCAACCCAGCCCCCUCUUCCACUCCCACCUGGAGACCCUGCAGCUGCUGAGGGUGGCCCAGCUCCCAGAGCAGGUCACCCUCAGCUAUGGUGUCUUUGAAGGAAGACUAAACGUCAUUAAGCUACCAGGCCCCUUCUCUCCCGAGGAUGAUCCCUCCAGGUUUCGCUCCCUCCACUGUCUUCUCUACCCAGACACACCCUGGUGUCCACAGCUGGUUGCCCGAUGAACCCUGAACUGUGGGCAAAGGUUGGGGUGAGGCUUUGGACUGUCCCUUACCUCCUAAGGCAGCACUGAAGGCCCCGGGAAGGUGCCCUGUGGCAGGCGGGGCCCUGUGGUAGGCAGUUCCUGCAGGGCCUCUGGGUGGUGGGCAAGCCCAGGAUCUAGAUGGUAGUAGUUGGCACUGAAGGCAUCCCAGGCCCCUCAGGGGUGAGCUGGACGGCAUACGGGACCUGGUGGACCAGGUGAUGGCCAGAGAAGCUCUGAGAACUGAAUUUCCUAGAUGGUCUAAUUGGAAAAGGGCAGGGGCCACUUUAGCUGGGCUGGGGUUGGGGGCUCCUUGCCCUUUAAAGAAUGACAUGGGCCUUGGGUGGUGUCUGGCCCCUGUUCCUGGCUCUGACUUCUCAAUCAUUCCCCUGGGGCUCCAGUGCUGCUCACCCACUCCUGGCUUCCUUGGCUGGGUCCCCAAUUGCUGAGACCAGUGGAAUAAUGGUAAAAUCCAGGGUCUGUGGCAGAUACCGUUGCUGGCCAGUGUCCAGGGGCUCCUUGUUCCCCACCCCUUGCUAACAAGAUCAGAUUUUGUUUGGAAUCUCGGCACUCCCAAGCCCAGUGGAUGAUCAGAAUAGGGCCCAGCCAGUUGUGACAGUCCUUUUGCUCAUGUUCCCAGCCUCCCUUGCUGGUAGGGGCUGCCAUGUGAUGAGCUCUAGCAAGAAGGAACUAAACAAAGCCCAUAGAGCAGUUUCUGAGGGAGGUUUUGCAGCUCUACACCUCAUCUUUCUGCUGUGAAUAUGGGUGUGAUGGUUGGAUCUGGGGCAGCCACCUUGAUGCCAUGAAGAAAGGCCAAGACAAUCAUCCACAGAUGUCUCCUCCAGCAUCUGGCUCUGUGAGAAAAUUAAACUUUAUUUAAAUCUCUCUUGAUCUAA